UUAAAAAUGAUUUAGAGCUCAAAGAUACCAGCGAUAUAAAUCUUCAGAUACACAAAAUUAAAAAAUGUUCAGCAGAUUUGGUGGGGUUUAUGGGAGAAUAUUAUAAAUUGGAAGUGGAGGCAUUAAAUAAGGUCACCCAAGAAUCCAUAAAACGUAGCUAUUUUCUCAAAUCUUUGCCGCUAGACAAUGAACUCUAUCGCGAUGAAUGUGAACGUAAAGGUUUCUUUACCAAAGAAUCCAGCAUUUAUCAAAAUAUUUUACCAAAUAUACAAAAAUAUGCCCAGAAGCCGUUAUAUCCCAAAGCCUAUUUAACACGCCGGGAUUUAUUGGUUUUGGAGGAUUUUUCUGUGCCUGAAAAGAGCUUAAGGCAACUUCAGCCCCUUGAAGUUUAUACCGUGAAACAUUAUCAAUUGUUUUUACAACAUUUGGCGGAACUACAUGCCGCCAGUUUGGCUUGGGAGUUUAAGGAAAACGUUAAUAUUGGACAACAAUUUGAUAAAGUUUUGUAUGAGUUACAAUUGAUCAAUAGCAAUGAGUGGUAUAUAACGGGCAUAAAGGCUAUUAUAUACCUGGCCCAACAUCACCCUAAAUAUCAGUACGCCGAAGACUUGGAAUUUAUCAAUCACAAACUUUACAAUAUUCUUUUAAACAUGGAAGAUUUUACCAAACCCUCUCAAACGUUACGCAAUGUUCUGUGUCAUCGUGAUUCUUGGGAUCGUAACAUUUUCUGGGAACUUGAUGCCAGCAGUAAACCUAUAGCUUGUCGCAUAGUAGACUUCCAGCUAACACGCUACAGUCCACCAGCCAUAGAUGUUCUAUAUUUUCUAUACAACAAUUUUGAAAGUCCUCAACAAAGAUCGAAAUUAUUAAAAGAUCUUUUGCUUUACUAUCAUCAAUCUUUAAGAGAAGCAUUAAAACGUCUAGAUUUAUCCGUAGAUUUGAUAACUCAAACAGAGUUUGAUCAAGAUUGUCAACGUGCCCUUUUGCCAGUCCUAACAUUAAGAGCAAUCUGUGAGCCUUUAAUGAAGCUGCCUAAAGGUUGGUCUCAAACAAUGCGCGACACGGAACCGGCCACAUUUGAUUGUUAUAUGAAUACAGAUCGCACGGAAAUGUUUAGCAGAGUAUCAGCUAUAGAUUCAAGUUAUAUGGAUAAAGUUUUAUUGCCAGUACAGGAAUUAUUGGAAUAUUUUGAAUUUAAACCCAAAUAAAU